CAGGGAAAACCAUGAAAGACAGCGGCCCUUCAGCGCCCCCUUGGGCCCUCCUCUCCCCAGCAGCCGCUCCCCCCAUCCUCACAUUCAACGAGCCCUCCAUGGACCUCCUCCACGUCCUCUCCCGCGCCGACUCCCACAACAGCUCAAACCUUCAGCAGCAGCAGCAGCCCAUAAUACAACCAGCUGUCCAGCCCAGACAACAACAGCCAAUCGACGCAGGCGAAGCGUGCUCGCCAGAGGGCCAAUGGAACUGCUUGACGACUUCGUGGCAGCGCUGCGCGAGCGGUACGUGGAGCGGCGUCGUUCCGUGUGCGACGGGGACCAUAUGCCAGCCUUUUGGGUUGACGGAUCAUAUCACCAUUGAGCAUACUUCGGACUUCAACAAUGGCGAGGCGCAUCAAGAGGAUAAUGGGCGUGCGAGUGGUGGAAAGACGGGGGAUGAUGAUCGUGGGAAGAGUGGGAAGAGUGGGAAGAGUAGCUCUGGGAUGAGAACUUGGCCGGGUUUGGUUCUGCUUUUCGGGGCGUCUGUGGCGAGUGUUGUCUGGAAUUCUAUGGUGUGA